AUGGAGUCCUGCAGGGUUCCUCACCAGGUCCUGCUUUUAUUCGUCCUCACGUUCAUCACAGUACCUGUAUCAGCUGUCACUACUGUACAGGUGAAGUUUAAUCAGGCUGCUGAUCUGCCCUGUGAACGGAAAUGUUCUCGUGAGGCCAAAUGGACUCUGUUCAGUAACCGAGAUGAUGCAGUGGCUCGGUGUGAUCAGACAUCCUGCUGGUCACUAAAGGAGGGAUUUAAAAUGUCCUAUGAUCAGUACCUGAAGGGAGAUCUCACCCUCACCAUCACUGCAGCUGAUUACAGUAUGAGGGGUUUAUACACGUGUGAGUGUGGUGGCACAGACAUUGAUGAUGUGCGUCUCAACAUCGAGACCAUGACAUCAUCAGUUCAGAUAAACGCUGGUGAAGAUCUGCAGCUGGAUUUGCACGUAUCAGAGCGAGUGGAGGUGAUCUAUAAGGGUGGAGAUUCAGCAGAUCCACAUGGUGAACAGAUCUGCACUGUGGAUAGAAGCUCACUAAACUGUACAGCUGAAUACACACCGAGAACAUCACUCACUAACACAGUUCUUACACUGAGAGGAGUAAAGCUGACUGAUCGGGGAGUUUACAUCGUCCAGGACACGGAGAAUUAUGAAUAUCUUCAUAUUUACUCAGUAUCAGUGAGAGAGAGAGCGCUACCAGUGUGGGCGAUUAUCCUGAUAGUGCUGAUGGUUCUUCUGCUUGUUGCGCUGCCUGUGAUGAUAAUCUGCUACCUGAGGAAUCGGUGCUGCCAAAGAGAUGAAAGGAGCAGCAGUGGAGCAGGAAGAGACCAGACCUGGAAUGGUACCUCAGAAAUGCCUAAACUGCCAGAGAAACAAAUGAUGAUGAAGCAGGAAGAGAACCUGAAGCUCAAACAUAAGAAUGGAGUAACAGAGGGAAGAGAUUUAUAACUUCAUACAGCAUGUUUGAAUUAUUACUUUUUGUUUUGCAUCGUUGUUUCUGCUCUGACUUUCUUCAGAAGUGUUCAGGUUUGUGAACCCUGCAAGCUCAUGUUUUUCCCACCUGUGUGAAGGUUAAAAACUCGGUUUGCUCUGCUGCUGAAGCUGCGCCUUUUACACUUUCAGUUUCUCUAAUUCCUCUCCGCUGUUAAUAUUUUAUUGAACUAGACACAAACUACAUGAAUUACAAAUCGAGCUAACACAUUUUUCCCCUUGUGGUGCAUAAAUAUUCCCACCCUUUAGAAAUGUUGGUCCAGUGAUACAUGAUAAACAAUGUGCAUUAUGAAAUAUAGGCAUCCAGUAAAACAGCUGUGUUUAAUUUUAAAAACUGUGAGAAACUGAGUUUAAUCAUACUUUUAUUCAGUGUCCUACAAAAUUAAUGACACUGAAAAUAGGGAGAAAAAAAUAAUAAUAAAAUAGCUGGGACUGAUCAGUGUUUACUGGGUGUGUCCUCUGUUACGACCCACACCAGUACUGCUGGCAUCAACUUCCAGCUUGAAGGGUUUUCCAAAUUAGGGGCAAACACUGAUCAGUCCCAGCUCGUGAACACCUUCAUGAGCUCACACACUCUCUGCAGUUUCAUAAUGUUCGUGUUUUUCCCACCUGUCUGUUGUGAUUCCUCUCCCUGUGAGCUGCUCCAUGUCAGUUUGAGCUGCUCAGUAACUUUCCCACUAGCUGGGACCGAUCAGUGUUUACUGGGUGUGUCCUCAUACACACGUGUUCACUAGCUGGGACUGAUCAGUGUUUACUGGGUGUGUCCUCACACACACGUGUUCACUAGCUGGGACUGAUCAGUGUUUACUGGGUGUGUCCUCACACACACGUGUUCACUAGCUGGGACUGAUCAGUGUUUACUGGGUGUGUCCUCACACACACGUGUUCACUAGCUGUGUCUGAUCAGUGUUUACUGGGGUGUUGUAUUUGCUGGAGCUGAUUAGCGUCACUGAGCUUUGUUUUAUUACUGUACACCGGAGUGACUCCAUCUUCUCCCCUCAGUCGUGGCUCUGCAGUGGCGCUUAACUGCUCCAUAACUCAGCUUCACUGCUACAACUCCUGGGCAAAAAUACUGUUGAUCACCAUCUCAACACCUUUUGAUUAUCCUCAUCAUCCUUGACCUUUCAGCAGCGUUUGACACAGUGAACCACAAGACUCUCUUGUCCAUGAGUCUAGGAAUUGGUGGUACAGCCGGUGGUGUCAUGGAGGAGAGCCACAUCUGCUCCCCGCAGACUCUCCACUGGUGUCCCACAAGGCUCAGUACUUGGUCCUCUCCUGUUCUCCCUCUAUACUCGAUCUCUUGGUGCGGUCAUAUCCUCACAUGGGUUUUCAUACCACUGCUACUGCCACUCAACUCCUCCUCUCCUUCCCUCCCUCAGACACUCAUGUUUCUGCUCGGAUAUCAGCAUGUCUGGCAGAUAUCUCAUAAGAAGAAUUCAUCCAUUUCUAUCCACACAGGCUGCUCAGGUGCUUUUUCAGACACUUGUCAUUUUGAGACUGGGCUACUGCAUUUCACUUCUGGCAGGUCUGCUUCUGAGAGCCAUUCGACCUCUGCAACUGAUCCAGAAUGCAGCUGCAAGACUGGUUUUCAAUCUUCCCAAGUUCUCCUCUACACCACCCCAUUGCUACGCUCCCUUCACUGGCUUCCUGUAGCUGCUGCAUCAGAUUAAAAACACUGAUGCUCACCUACAAAGCCAAAAACAGACCAGCACUCUCUUAUCUCAAAGCACUUAUCACACUCUCCCUCCGAUCCUCUAGCACUGCUCGACUACUCCCACCUUCUCUCAGGGUACAAGGAAGACCUGCAUCAGGACUCUUCUCUGUUCUGGCACUGAGGUGUCUGAAUGAUUGGAAUAAACUUCCUCUAGAUGUCCGAGCAGCUGAGUCACUGGUAGUCUUCAACCAUACCUCCUAAAGUACUUAAAUUAGAAAUUCAUUAAAAAAAAAAAAGGAAAAAAAAAACAACUCUCAACAAGUUGUGCAGUUUUUGGACUGAUGGUAUUCUUAGUCUGUGACCUAGCGAACCAGUAUCAGAGUGUAUUUAUUGAUAGAGACUUCAAAGCACUUCGGUAAGUUGGUCUGGAUAAGAGCAUCUGCCAAUAAAUAAAUGUAUAAACGGCAUAAAUGUAAAUGUAAAUUAAUUUUGUGUGUGUUCUGGAUAGAAAUUAUUGAAUAAUGUAAAUAUGUAAAUAGCAUAUAGCAAAUGUAAAUAGCAAACAAAUGUGACAUCAAAAAAAUCUUCCUUGAUGUAAUGCAUUUUGAUGUGCAAAUGGUCUUUCUGUAGUUGUGGAAAUGGUCAUUAAAUGGUAACAGCGCCACCUGCAGUACGGGAGCAGUCAUACAACAUGGCCAGUAUGAAACUGCAGAGAGUCUGUGAGCUCAUGAAGGUGGUUUUAUCUUCACACAGCGCUCACAGACGUUAUCUCCAUGUUACAUAUGCUGAGGCCUUAACACAGCUGAAGUAAAAAUGUCAGUCUUGAUAUUCCAAUAGCUCUCUACUGAGUUUCUAGAAACAACUUUUUUGAAUAUUAAACAUUAUUUUUUUUAAAAUUCCUUUAAACUUUUGUUUUCCUUUUCACUGCUAAUUUUUAGACAUUAAAUAAAAGUAUUUUCAAAUUAAAAGGUUUGUUUUUAAAUGCUGUUUUGCUGUGGAUUUCUUACCAAACCUACAUUUCCUGCUGCAUGUCAUGUAACGCAGAAAUACCUCCAAAAUAUCAUUUUAUAAUAAUUUUGUCAUAUUUCCCACCUCUACCAUGUGCUCAUGUUUGUGUUUGCAGAUAUCAGCUAUUUGCUUUCUAACAUUUGCUUAUUAUUACAUUCUGCAGUUGAUGAUGUGUAACAUAUAAUACCAGAUUUAUAUAAUAUCAGAUUUGUUUGUGUAAGUCAAAAGAAUACAGGAAUAAACAGAUGCAGAAAAAUACAAAUAAACUUGUAUGUUUUUAUUU